UAAUGGUGCAUUUAAUUAUGCAACGGGCAGAGCCUGGGCGACGAGGGAGGUGCUGAUUGGGCUGGCAAGCCCCGGGCACAGCGGAUGGUGCGGCCGCGGGCUGGGCACAGGAGACGCACCAGGGCCACUCGCGCAGGGGACCAGACCCCGGGGCGAAGGGGCGAGGAGGAGCUCCCCACCCCGGGGCAGGAGCGGGGCCCGGCACGGCCCGGCCCGGCACGGCCCUCAGCAUGACAGAAGAAGUGCCCGCAGCUGCCACCAUGCCGGCGUGCAACGGGAGCCUUCCCCCGGAGGACGGCCCACUCCAGGUCAUCGGUGGCCUCGAAGAAAUUGCAAAAUCUCUUGGGACAGUCCCGUAUGCAAAUGCAGAAACGAGCCCUGACACUUCACCUGCAAAGGAAAAUCUGGAGGAAAAUAGAAAUUCAUUGGCAGAGGACAUUGCUCCUGAGAAUUGUGCUGGAGAGAAGGGAUGUCAAGGAAAGCGAGAGGAGAAGGCUGGGACACCAGAGCAGGGAGCAGUGGAUAUCCAGGACGCAGGGACCAAUGGCCAGGGAUCAGGGGAAGGGCCGGGUGGCACGGCGGGGACGGGCACGGCGGGGACGGCGGCGGCGGCCGACAGGGAGGUCCCGGAGACCCCGCCGGGCAGCGCCGAGCCCAGAGGGAACGCGGCCCUGGAGGCGGAGGGGGAGGAUGCAGAGGAGGAGGAGGACACCGAGGAGGACGAGGUUCAGGUGAUCGAAAUCAAGAAGGAGAGCAGCGAGGCGUCCCGGCCGCAGCAGCGAGACGGCGGCAAGCAGCCAUCGCCCCCGGGCAGCCCCGGCUGCAACUCCCCGCUGGAGAAGGCGGGGGAGCAGCCCAGCCUGGGGAAGAAGAACGACAUCUCCAGACACAGCUAUUCCAGGUACAACACAAUCUCCUACCGGAGGAUCCGUAAAGGAAACACCAAACAGCGGAUCGACGAGUUCGAGUCCAUGAUGCACUUGUGAACUGAGGGGGGAGUGCCUAACGCGCCGAGCCUUUGCUCUGGCCUUGGCUUUAUUUUGCUCCCCCAAACGUGUCUCUUCACACAACACAGGGUCACGGCUUUUCUUCUUUUUGUACAUGAUUUAUAUUACACUGUGAAAAUUUAACAUCUUGGCUUUGACGGGGGCAGAGGCAUCCAUAGCGCAGGAAAAUAAAGAAUCAGUUUGCUAAG